AUGCCUUCCACUAAACCAACGAAGGGCUCUGGAUCGCCCACGAAACAGAAGCCUCAGCCAAAACAAAGUAAAAAAUUAACACAAGCUCAAGCUCAGGCUCAAGCUCAAAGUAGACCCAAAACAGUGCUCAUCAGCAAAGGCCCUGUUCAGCGACAAGGUAGUGGUUCUGGAGUGGUUACUGGUGGAUCAGUGACGCAUACGAGGAAUGCGACUAUACAACCGAGCCCACACGCACGCGCGCUACAACACGCACAUAUACAGCCACAACAACAUCAGAAGUACAAUCAGCAUAACAUUUCACAGCAUCCCUUAGGGAUACCUAUGCAGAUGCCGCCCACAAUAUCACCUGGCAACCGCCCGCGCCAACCGCUUCCACAAACAGUAAGUUUCUUGUUGUUACGUGGCUGA